AUGGAUGGCAAUGACAUCGAUGAGCUAGUGGAAGAGCAUAUACAGAAGCUGACCACCAAAGAGCUUGUGGAGCUGCAUUCUCUUUCAGAAGACUAUGAUAUCCCGAGCAAAAAAGGAAGGCUUGAUGUUGAUGAAGCCAAGAGGAAAACCAAAGAAUUCGAUGAUUCUUCUCCUAGGAGGCUAAAGCUGGAGAAUAAUGGUGAGGACAUUGAAAGAAGAAAAGACAAAGAAAAUGUAAUUAAUACUCCUUAUUUAGAACCACCAGUAGCAGCUCCAACUACUGGUACUGUAAAGUCUAUCAACCAGUUUAAUGGUUUGCCGCAUACACCUCAUUACUAUGAGCUUUUCAAAAAAAGGAUAACAUUGCCAGUAUGGGAAUACAAGCCAAAAUUUUUUGAAAUGCUGAAGAAAAACCAGAUUAUGGUUCUAGUUGGUGAAACAGGAUCUGGGAAAACGACACAGAUACCACAGUGGUGUGUUGAAUGGUUGCGGGAGAAUGGAAUUCGGCGAGGUGUUGCUUGCACACAGCCCCGGAGAGUGGCAGCCAUGAGUGUUGCAGCUCGAGUUGCAGAGGAAAUGGAUGUCAUGUUGGGUCAAGAAGUUGGUUAUAGUAUCCGUUUUGAGGAUUGCUCUUCUAUGAAGACAAUACUAAAGUACAUGACUGAUGGUAUGUUACUGAGGGAGGCUAUGAGUGACCCAUUACUAGAAGCCUAUGGUGUAGUUCUUCUUGAUGAAGCUCAUGAACGUACUCUAGCAACAGAUAUUUUAAUGGGUGUGCUAAAGCAAGUUGUAUCAAAGCGUUCAGACAUGAAAAUAGUAGUAAUGAGUGCUACUUUGGAUGCUGGAAAAUUCCAGAAUUAUUUUGACAAUGCACCAUUAAUGACUGUGCCAGGCAGAACACAUCCUGUUGAAAUCUUUUAUACCCAAGAGCCAGAAAGAGAUUAUUUGGAAGCUGCUAUUCGAACAGUUAUUCAAAUACACAUGUGUGAGGAAACAGAAGGAGAUAUCCUUCUUUUUCUUACAGGACAAGAGGAAAUUGAAGAGGCCUGCAAGAGAAUAAAACGAGAAACUGAUAGUUUGAGUGCAGAAGUAGGAGACCUGAAAUGCAUUCCAUUAUAUUCAACUUUGCCGCCAAACUUGCAGCAGAAGAUAUUUGAACCCCCUCCACCAAAUAAACCAAGUGGUGCCAUUGGUCGAAAAGUAGUAGUUUCCACUAACAUCGCAGAAACAUCUCUGACAAUUGAUGGUGUUGUAUUUGUCAUUGACCCUGGCUUUGCCAAACAGAAAGUAUACAAUCCAAGAAUAAGAGUUGAAUCCUUACUUGUAUCACCAAUAAGUAAAGCUAGUGCACAGCAGAGAGCUGGUCGUGCUGGAAGGACUCGGCCAGGAAAGUGUUUCCGAUUGUACACCGAAAAAGCUUACAAGGUAGAAAUGCAAGAUCAAACUUAUCCUGAAAUUCUACGAUCAAAUCUUGGGACUGUUGUGUUACAACUCAAAAAACUUGGAAUUGAUGACCUGGUGCAUUUUGAUUUUAUGGACCCUCCAGCUCCAGAAACGUUAAUGAGAGCAUUAGAACUAUUAAAUUAUUUACAAAGCUUGAAUGAUGAAGGAGACAUUACAGAUCUUGGAGCAGUGAUGGCAGAAUUUCCUUUGGAUCCUCAGUUGGCAAAAAUGCUGAUUUCUUCCUGUGACUACAACUGUUCAAAUGAAAUACUCUCAAUAACAGCUAUGUUAUCAGUUCCACAGUGCUUUGUGAGGCCUAAUGAAGCCAAGAAAGCAGCAGAUGAUGCGAAGAUGAGGUUUGCCCACAUCGAUGGUGAUCACUUGACCUUGCUUAAUGUAUACCACGCCUUCAAGCAGAAUCAUGAAGAUCCUCAGUGGUGCUAUGACAACUUUGUGAACUAUCGAUCUUUGAAGAGUGCAGAUAAUGUACGGCAACAACUGUCUAGGAUUAUGGACAGGUUCAGUCUUAAGAGGACCUCUACAGAGUUCAGUAGUAAAGACUAUUACAUUAAUAUUAGGAAAGCAUUGGUAGCUGGAUUCUUUAUGCAGGUUGCUCAUUUGGAACGCACUGGACAUUAUCUAACCAUUAAAGAUAAUCAAGUUGUACAGCUUCAUCCUUCCACAUGUUUAGACCAUAAGCCUGAAUGGGUUGUUUACAACGAAUUUGUAUUGACAACCAAAAACUACAUUCGAACUGUCACAGAUAUUAAACCUGAGUGGCUAUUGAAAAUUGCAACAAACUAUUAUGAUAUUAGUAAUUUCCCAGCCUGUGAAGCGAAGAGGCAAUUAGAAUUUCUUGCAAAUAAAAUGCAAUCUCGUCAAUAUCAAGAAGGGUUUUAAAUUAAAAUUCUGCUUGAGUACUUUUUUAAACAUUAUUCAUAAAUAACAUGCAUAUGAUUGUAGAAUGGUGUAUUUCUUUGUAUAUUAUCACACCCAGCAUAUUUUGGAUUUGUAUGAAUAUUGGGAACAUUUUGUUGUUCAUCAUAAUAAACAUCAGUACAUUGCAUGUC